UCUGUGGGGGGGGAGUGUGUGCAUGCAACUGGCGGACUCCCUCUCGCAUUCGCACAAGAUGGCGAUGGAGGGGCGACCGACCCCGUCUCCGGCUUGCGCGUACCUCUAAAAAGGCAGACCCACCACAGCCGCCAAGCAGCCGAGCAGGGGCUCCGGACGGUCCCCCCUCGCUUUCUCCGCCGCAGGCUCCCAUGGCGCUGCCGGGCUGGGCGCUGCUCCUCCUCCUGCUGCUGCUGACCUUGACCACGGUGGAAGGAGAACCCUCUCAAGUGCAGGCCUUGGAGUUGAGUUGUGGCUCUGGAACUGGACAAGUGACCCUCAACCCCAGUGAGAUGUUGGAGCUGACUUGCAGUCUGUUUCCUGAGGUCAGCCCUUUGAGGCUAGGUCUCCGUUCCUUUCCAUCCGGUGAGCAGUUUUCCAAUAUUAUGUGGAAGAAGAACGGGCAUCCGCUGAGAGAAGAAGACAACCUCCGUGUCCUCCCCAACGGUUCUUUGUUGAUCGCAUCAACCGAGGCAGCUGUGAAACAUGACAACCACUCAGGAGGCUCCAGCGUGGAAGGAAAUUAUUCUUGUACCACUCAGGGUCCAUUUGGGUCCGUCACAGGCCAAACUCUGAUGCUACGAGAAUCUUCCUUGCCUCCAUUUUUCCAACAUCCAGAACCCCAAUCUGUGCCAGAAAAUGGCAUGGCUCGUUUUGAGUGUCGGAUCAAAGGUUUGCCUGCUCCAGUCAUCACUUGGCAGAAAGACAAGGAGGCUGUGCCUACAGAACCAAGGUUCAUCGUCCUUCCAAAUGGUGUACUUCAAAUCACAGAUGUCCAGGAAGGAGAUGCUGGGGCCUACCGUUGCAUGGCAACCAAUGCAGCAGGAAUGCGCUACAGCCUGGAUGCUCCCCUCACUCUCUUGAAAGGUCCCCAACAAUCAACAAUGGGUGAUGUAGUCAUUGUCACCGCACCGGAGAAUGCCACAGUGGUAGUUGGAGAGACUGUUGUGAUGGAGUGUGUUGCAUCGGCAAAUCCCACACCUUUCAUUUCUUGGAUACGGGAAGAUGGGAAUCCGAUUUCUACGGAUGUGAUUGUGUUAGGAAGGACCAACCUUGUGAUCCUUUCCGUUCAGCUUCAUCACGCAGGAAUCUACGUGUGCCGGGCCAACAAACCCCAAACCAGGCAGUUUGUAACAGCUGCAGCGGAGCUCCGAGUCCUUGCUCCUCCUACAAUCUCCCAGGCACCUGAAACCAUUUCUCGCACUCGGGCCAGCACCGCCAGGUUUGUCUGCAAAGCAGAAGGAGAGCCGCUGCCCACCGUACACUGGACGAGGAACGGAAAGCUCCUACUGUCUAAAGGGCGGGUUAAAAUCCAGGGCAGCGGUACCCUCGUGAUCAACCAGAUUGGCUUGGACGACGCGGGCUAUUACCAGUGCCUGGCUGAAAAUCACCUUGGCAUGGCCUGUGCAACGGCCAGGCUAGAGGUGAUCGUACGGGAAGGCCUGCCCAGUGCUCCGAAGAGGGUAUCGGCAAGUUCUCUCUCCAGCACCACUGUCCUGGUAUCCUGGGAACGGCCGGAGUUCAACAGUGAGCAGAUUAUUGGAUUCUCUCUUCAUUACCAAAAAGCCUUCGGUGCUGACAACGUGGAAUACCAGUUUGCGUUGAAUAACGACACCACUGAGUUUUCGGUGAAAGACUUGGAGCCCAACACCAAUUAUAUCUUCUACGUGGUGGCCUACUCCCAGCUAGGUGCUAGCCGGACUUCCUCGUCCAUAAAUGUGAAGACCCUGGAGGAUGUUCCGGGUGGAGCCCCUCAGAUUUCCCUGUCCAGUAUAACUCCGACUGACAUCAAGGCGACAUGGCAGCCUCUCCCUUCAGAACUGAGCAAUGGAAAGAUCGUCAAGUACAAAAUUGAGUAUGCUUCUCUCAAGGAAGACCUGAUUUCUUCAAUGGAGCUCAGUGGCAAUGAAACCCAGCAUGUGCUUUACGGAUUACAGCCAAACAAAAUCUACAAAGUUCGGAUUGCAGCAAGCACCAGUGCGGGCUAUGGAGCUCCGUCAGAAUGGACUCAGCACCGCACUCCAGAUCGGGACAACCAAACCCAUGUUCUCUUUGCCCCAACUGAGUUGAUGGUCCAAGCCAAAAUGGACUCACUGUUGAUAAGUUGGCAGCCUCCACCCAACCACGGACAAAUUUCAGGCUACAAGCUGUAUUAUCGGGAAAUACCCACUGAGGAGUCAAGCAUGGAGAUCCCUUCAGAAGGCCGAGGAAACCGUUUUCGGGAUGUUGGACCCGUAAAACUGAAGAAGAAAGUGAAACAACACGAAUUGCGACAAUUAGUUCCUGGACAGCUUUAUGAAAUCAGGCUGGUGGCUUUCAACAAGCACGAAGAGGGCUAUGCGGCCGUGUGGAAAGGCAGGACGGACCGAACGCCUGUCACCGCAGCUGAUCUUCCAGUUCAUAAAGGUCCCCCACCACCUCCUGGGCACCUCCACGUCGAUUCCAAUAGUUCCACAACGAUAUGGCUGCGAUGGAAGAAACCCAACUUCACCACCGUGAAGAUCGUCAACUACACUGUGCGAUUCAGCCCUUGGGGGUUAAAGAAUGCCUCACUUGUGAUGUAUUACACAAGCUCUAAAGAGGAUGUUCUUAUCAGCGGACUGAAACCAUUCACAAGAUACGAGUUUGCGGUGCAGUCCAACGGUGUCGGAAUGGACAGUCCGUUUGGAAAUGCAGUGGAGUGUUUUACCCUCCCAGACCGGAACGUGGGGGCGGGAAGCGUUUCAGAGGCUCAUCCAGACAGCUGCCUCUGCUGUUCUCCUGCAGGGCCCUCCACUCCCCCUUCCGACCUGCGGUUACACCCCAUCAACCCAUAUGCGGUCCAGCUUUACUGGUGUCCCCCCUUGGAACCGAAUGGCAUCAUUGUGGAAUAUGUCAUUCUCUACAACGCCAACUGCAGCCAGCCGGAUGAGAUGUGGACUCUCUUGACCAAAGAGGGCAGCACCUUCAGCGCUGAAGUUGAUGGGUUGGAGAGCAACACCAGAUAUUUCUUCAAGGUGGGAGCCAAGACGGUUAUAGGAUCAGGACCAUAUUCUAGCGUGAAAGAUGUACAGACCUUGCCAGAGGGAUUCACAGAUAUCUUAGUUCAUUCAGUCACUGGGGUCACGGUAGCCAUCUGCCUCCUCUGCAUCGUCUUCUGUGCCUGUGCCAGCUUUCGCAACAAUUACCUGAAGAAAUCUAUGCCUGGUUUGGAUUCCCAAGCUUCAGGAAGUCAUAUGUACCACCACCGGAGCCGACAGGCAGUGCCUCUCUCAGUAAUCCCUUCAACUUCCCACGAAAUGGAGUCCCUUAUGGCUCCCCUAUCUGACGGUGCUCCCUCGCCUCCGAGUGAUUGCGCAGAGUUGACCGAAGCCCGUGGUCUCAUCCGUGGUCAUCCUCUGGAGGACAAUGUGGGCCACAUCCCAAUAAAGCCUCCAUGGGAGAAAUCGCUGAACAGCUGGACAAACAGCAUCGCCGGCUACGGGGUCUCCAUUCCGAAAGAGCCCACCAUGGCUUUGAAUGGAUCACUGAAGAUGGCUUCCAAUGGAGGACAGAAGCUCUUGUUGCAAGCUCUGGUUUACGAGGUUGUCACGAAUGAAGUGAAAAAGGAGCACCCACCCAGUAGCCUCAAUCAACUGGAAGCCGAGGUCAUUGUCCAUUCGGAUUUCUUAGCCUCCAACCGAGAUGGUGGUCCCCAACUCCACAUGCUGGAGCUGGAAAGGACUCCCUGUGAGGAAUGUGAACCAGAAACAGUCCCUGGGGAAGACGUACCUGAGCAGGUUUCUUAUAGCCCCUCCCAGCAAGAUCUCAGUGUUAUAUCCCAAGACCGAGAUGGCAAGGGUCGGCCUGAAGCCCCUGAUACCUUGCUGAAGAUCAAGAAAGAAGAUCACCAGAGAGCUACCAAAUUACAUGGAGCAGACGGAGGGCUCCCCCAGACGGGAGGAAGUUUGGACGUGACGGGAAGCGGGGACUCUGAGUCAUCUCACAAAGGGGCAGUGGACACACAGCCCAUCUUGUGCGAUGCUCUUCCCACCGGCCAACCGCAAGGCCUUCUGCACAGCGGCCUCUCUCAUAUAAUGGACUCUCCUUCCGGGUUUGAAAACGCAGCGUGUGUCCACCAUCUUUGAUGAGAGCUUCGAUUAAAUUAUUGGCUGAGGCAGAGCUCGGAGAAACAGAAUAGCUAUAAAGAUUAGGCCUUUGUGGCACUGAGUAGUCUCGUAAAGCACGGUUGGAAAGGGAAUGAUAUUAGGCCCCGUAAGAUUUUAUAAGGAGGACCUUCCCCCCCACAAAGUAUUGUGUCUGCUCUCUCUCUCUCUCUCUCUCUCCCUCUCUCUCCCCCAGCCACUCUGCAAAGGCUACUGAGAAUCGGCGAACUUCAUGCCAAUUAUGAGGUAAUGUUGUGCCUCACAAAGACCCAGGAGUAGGCAGCAUAAAGCCCAUAAUAGGUCUCUUUCCAGCCCACCAGCUACGUACACCAUUUUAGUACAAGGUGCAGCUGUCACGCAUAACCGAGGAAGAUGGUUUCAUGAGACGCCAUGAGGUUGGUCCUGGAGUUGAACUGCUGUUCUGAAUGUUGUCGCAGCUCUUAGGUACCCUUCUUCUACGUCUCCAAAGGAUGAAAUGAAGCAGAGAUGGAAAGCAAUAAGUCAGAUGCCCUGAGAAGGUUUCAUAUAUAUAUGUAUGUAUGUAUGUAUAUAUGUAUGUAUGUAUGUAUAUGUAUAUAUUUGUUUUCUGAGGUUUUCGCGGGUGUUUGUAUGUAGCUCUUUGGUUAUUCGGGUUGUCCCGCAUAAAAUUGGAAGUGUCUUGGCAACGUUUCGACGAAGUCUCAUUCGUCAUCUUCAGGCUGGUGUUUACAGCUUCCUGCUUCUAGGAGCAAUGUGUGAUCGCAGCUGUUUCUUCCUUUUAACUUUCAAAUCCCCAACCAAUCAGAACACACCUCCACCCAAUCAGAACACAGCCAAGCUCCCAACCAAUCAGUUCAAACCCCCACUAGCAGUUAAAAGGAAGAAACAGCUGCGAUCACACAUUGCUCCU